AUGGCUAGGGUAGCGGCGCUGCCCGUCUUGUUGACGCUUAUUAUUGUAGUUGAAGAGGGUCUGCGCCUCGCAUUACGCCGCAUAUUCCACAGGCGCCGAAGGGCAAUAGGCAAGCUUGAGGCCCAAGAUCCCGUGAAGUACGGCGGCCUAGAAAGUCUGGUCUCCUUCAGUGCAUGCCUUAUUGCGGCCCACUCCUGCCCACACCGGCUCCCAGCUCCCAUACGGCCUACCAUGUCGGAGCGUAGGGAAGAGCAGGGGGGCAACGAGUUACCUCAAAUCCUAAUGGUGUUUAAGCGCUUUCGGGACCUGUACUCCGCCACGGAUGCCACUGCCAACCGGGCAGUUGAGACGGAGCAACGUGAGCCGUACAUUUGGGAUCCUCUGGCAGCCGGGCUUUGCGGACAGGAGGCGUUGGAAGCGAGGAGGCCGCAGCUACAGUCACAGCUGGGUAUAGCACCUGGGCCCCAGACUGUGGCGCGAAGGCCCAUUCCCCGCCUCAUCAUGCGCACCAAGUUCUUCGAUGACGUGGUGUCGGUGGUAACGUGGCGCGGUACGGGCCAUAGCGCGGCGGCGGCCAGCCACAGCUGCCAUGCAGAGCUGGCGGUGGCAGCGGCGUCGUCGUCUUCGCAGCCUUGUUUGCAGGUGGUGGUGCUGGGUUCGGGUCUGGAUGCGCGGCCUUGGCGGCUGCCGCUGCCGCCUGGCGUGCGCUGGUUCGAGGUGGACCGAGGCGACGUCCUGGCCGCCAAGCGGGCGCGGCUAGAUGCCCUCGGCGCGCAGAUUGAAGCUGCUGUAGGAGUCGCCACUGCUGUUGCUGCUGCUGAAACUGCCGAGGCGGUGGGGACUGAAGCUUCCACCCAGAACGGCUCCAGCGCGGGAUACCCAGCACAGGGCCGGCCGCUGCCGGAUCUGGACCAGCAACAGCAGCCGGUUCAAAAGGGCUAUUCGGGGAUGCACCACACGGAAACCUCAGGAGACGGCGGCGGCGGUUGCAAUGGCAGCUAUCGCUACCCGCUGCAUGCGGCGAGCUGGAGCUGCUGCGCAGUGGACCUACAGCGGCGCGGCUGGUCACAGGGGCUAUUGGAGCAAGGGCUGGACCCCCGUGCGCCGGUGCUGUGGGUGUUGGAGGGGCUGCUGUACUACCUGGAGGAGGAGGACGUGGAGGCGCUGCUGAAGGCGAGAACGGGGCCUGGUCUGGUUUGGCAGCGUAGGGCCGCUGCGACGCAUGAAAGCGGCGAAAACGCGGCGCCCAGUGGUGGGAGGGACCGCGUCACCUCGCGUCCUAGCCCCGUUGGCGACGGCGGCGGUGCGGCCACGGGCGCGGCGCGACCAGCUGGUUACAACCUCAACGCUGAGUUCAAGUGGAAGUGCCGGGAGGAGAUCCCCAAGUUCUUCGGGGGUUGCGGUUGGCGGCGCACUCUGGCGUGCCUGUCAUGGCUGGAUGCGGCCCGCUCUUACGGCUUGCCGACCGCGGAAGCGACAGCCUCCAGCGUCUUCUUCUUGACCGCCGCGCUGGCGUAG